AUGUCCUUAUCUAAUCUUGAUCAGUUAAUACCAACUAAAUACGGUUGGCAUGUUAGUUUUGAUAAAGAAUUCGAUUCUAAAUGGAAACCAUUCUCAAGACCACGAUUCAAACAACUACUGGAAUACAUUCCUUUAUUCGCGAGAUAUCUUCCUCUAUGGUAUCGUUUGAGAAAAGAAAAACGACGAGCACAUAUGGAUUUUAUUAACCCAGUACCACUGCAACAAAUCUAUGGUGCACCAAUUGGUGGCUUGGGCUGUGGAACAAUCGGGCGAGGAUUUAAAGGAGAAUUCUGUCGUUAUCAACUUGUACCCGGUCUUUAUGAAUUUCAAACUGUUGAAGCAAAUACAUUCACUGUUUGUAUUCGUCGUCGAAAUACGACGAACUAUUGUCAAGUGUUAACAACAAAUCGUUUACGACAGAAAGGACUACAUAUGUGGAAUACUGCAUUUCCAAAAGAAUAUGGCCAUUACCAAGCACUCUAUCCACAAUCAUGGACGACCUAUGAUCUGCCUGGACAAAAUGUACGAUUAUUAUGUAAACAAAUAUCACCGUUUAUACCUCAUAAUUAUAAAGAUUCUUCACUUCCAGUUGCUUCUUUUGUUUGGAAUGUCGAGAAUUUAAAUGAUGCUCCAAUUGAAGUCAGUCUGAUGUUUACAUGGCAAGCAGGAUCAGCUACCAAUGAAUUCUUAUGCCAAGAUAUUUCUCAUGAACCAGUUCAUAUCUCUGACGAUAGCGAUGAGCUAUCAGCAGCUAGUGGUGUAUCGAUAAAACAAAAAUUACGUGGUAUGCAACUUGAAUAUUGUAUAUUGGGGAAAAAAGAAUUAGAUAAUUUAGUUACAACACGAACAAAUUUUAAUCUCGAUUCAGAUGUCGAAGGACGAAGUGUUUGGAUGGAUUUAAUUGAUGAUGGCCGAUUAAUAGAAAUGGAAUCACCAACUGCAAGAUCAGCAACUUUAAAUACAGCUAGUUGUGUAUGUAUAACAACAAAUGUUGAAGCGAAAUCGAUAAAACCGAUCGAAUUCGCACUUGCUUGGCAUAUGCCAGAAAUUAAAUUUGGCCUUGGACAACAACUAUAUUCAAAAUGGUAUACGACAUGUUUUGAUAAGCCAACGUUAAAUGGGACAAAACUUUGCCUUUAUACAUUAGAUAAUCGAAUGAAAUGGGAGAAAGCUAUUAAUGAAUGGCAAAAACCGAUUCUAGAUGAUUCACUAUUACCAGAUUGGUAUAAAAGUGCUUUAUUUAAUGAAUCAUAUUUUGUAGCGGAUAGUGGUUCCGUUUGGCUCGAUGUAAGUGAAGAUACAACACUAUCUGAACAUGUUAGAAAAUGGGGGCGAUUUGGAUAUUUAGAGGGUCAUGAAUACCGAAUGGUUAAUACCUAUGAUGUUCAUUUCUAUGCUUCAUUUGCUUUGAUACAAUUAUGGCCUGAAUUAGAACUCAGUAUUCAGUAUGAAUACGCUAGUACAAUUCCACAUGAAAAUGUUGAGCCACGUGUUUAUUUGUUCCACGGCCAAACAGGUCGACGAAAAAUGUUAAACUCUGUUCCUCAUGAUCAAGGCGAUCCUGAUGAAGAGCCUUGGCUAUUGGUUAAUGCUUAUAUUGCACAUGAUACAGCUGAGUGGAAAGAUUUAGGCUCAAAAUAUGUUCUGCAAGUCUAUCGAGAUUAUGUGUACACACAAAAUAGCGAAUUUCUUAAUCAUAUAUGGCCAACCAUACAAAGUGUUAUGACUCAUUUGAGAGAACAAGACACAGACAAAGAUGGUCUAGUGGAUAAUGGUGGAUUUGCUGAUCAAACCUAUGAUGCAUGGACAGCCGCUGGAGCAAGUGCUUAUUGUGGAGGUUUACAGAUAGCUGCGCUUCGUUUUUGUAUUGAAAUGGCUCAAAUUAUGAAUGAUAACGAUCUAGUAAAUGAAUACAGUGAAUGGCUUCAGUUAGCAAAGAAUUCUUAUUCAGAAAAAUUAUGGAACGGUCAAUACUAUAAUUAUGAUUCAAGUGCAUCAUCUCAUCACGAUAGUAUUAUGUCUGAUCAACUAGCUGGUUUUUGGUAUCUACGUUUAACCGGUCAUAAAUAUGAAGAUUUCGAAAAAGAGCGUGUAAAUAGUGUACUUGACACAAUAUUUAAAAUGAAUGUAAUGCAAUUGUGUAAUGGCACAAUGGGUGCUGUUAAUGGAAUGACAAAAUCAGGACAAUUAGAAACUGUUAGUUUACAAUCAGAAGAAAUAUGGACUGGUGUUACCUAUGGUUUAUCAUCUACAAUGAUUAUGGAAAAUUUUAAUUAUGAAGCUCUUCUCACAUCCGAAGGUAUUUAUAAUACUUGUUAUAAUAUAGCUGGUUUGGCUUUUCAAACACCUGAAGCUUUAACGAGUAACUCUCGUUUUCGAUCUUGUGGAUAUAUGCGUCCAUUGAGCAUUUGGGCAAUACAAAAAGCGCUUGAACUAUCACGGAAGGAGGCCAACAGCAAUGUAAAUUCUGUUUAG